CUUCUUUCACUUUUCACCCGGAAGUCGCUUCAGUAAACACAUCGCACAUGUUGCCGAAAGUUCAUUAAGUGGGAAAAAAUGGAUGAAAAGAAAACUAAGAGCCCUAAAAGCACCUCUCAGGAUUUGCUGGUCUGCGGGAACGGACACGGACACGGACACGGACACGGACACGGACUUCACGAGAAGCUGUUGUUGAAAUCCACGCGCGCAUCGUCCCUGCAGACGGAAAAGGUCCCGAGAAGCAGUGUUCUAGACCGGCUCCAGUGUUUCCUGCCUCAAAUGGCCCUUGCUAAUGAGACAUUAAAGCAGCAGAUGGAGAACCUUCCUGCAGGUCACUUUGACAUCGAGAGUGUUGAGGAAGCAGAAAAGGUCAUAGAGAUGGAUGUCGCUCUGGUGGAGCUGGAGGACUCCGACAGCAGCCAAGAAGAAGAGGAGUCAUCUGAGGAGGAGAGCUCGGACGACCAGACCGUUGAUACGGAAACGCUGAAACUACCUGGCAACCGGAAACGAACAGCCAAGAUUGAAGUGCUAGAAAAAGAUGGCGAGUGAAGGAGAACAUCUCCUGAUGGCUUUCCGUUACGCUUUUCCUCACACAGAGACAGAGAGAGAGAGAGAGAGAGACUCUGGGGAUUAUUACUCUGUAAAUAUGGACCUGAAAUGGAGCACACGUGUUGUGAUGGACAUAUUUGAUGACUAUAAAGUGCUUUUUUGUUUUGUUUGUCCCUUUUGACUGAACAUGUGGUGAUGCAGGUUCGAGGGAAAGUCUUCGUCUCAGGUUACGUGUUUAUCAGGGAUUUGUUCGAUCUUCAUCUUCUGUACAUUUUUAAAUCUCUGAUUCAGACCUUCACCUGGGAUUGUUUCUUCAUCCCGAUAAAUGUUUCCUUUAAAAAAACUCCUUAGUGUUUAUUGAUUUGGCUCCUAAUAAACAAUUUUCAUGAAUCAAUCAAAA